AUGAAAUGCAAAAGAAAUUCUGAAAAUAAAGAAAAAUCUUUAAAACCUUUCUGGGAUAAUUAUUGUAAAACUAUCUCCAUUGACUCUUGGUUACCAAAUGAUCCUAACAUCAUCGAGGAAUGUAAUCCAAAUUAUUUAGAGUCCGAAACACAUGCAAGCUCAUGGUUCAAGAUUAUUGAAGAAAGAAUUUUGUAUGAAAAGGAUAUUUUAUUUUUGAAAGAUAUUGAACUCGAAAAAAUCAAAGUCAAAAAAACGUCAAAUGAUUCG